GUGGAGGAGGAGGAAGAGGAGAAGAAGGAGGAGGUGGAGGUGGAGAGGAAGAAACGCCCUCCCUGACCGAGCCCUGUUGAGGCUCUGACCCUAGGGGCUAGGAGACUGACAAGUUCCUCCACUUCGCUGUCUGAAGAGGCGUGACCCUGGAGGGACCUGAGCCCACCUCACCAGGGAUCCCAGCACCACCCCAGUGGCCUAGAGCAACAGUCUCAGGGACUACUGCAAGAUUUCCAGUUGCCUAGAUAACAAGUCUGGGGUCAGAGCAACAACUCUUCCAGCCACCUGCCUCAACUGCUGGCUCAGGCACCAGUCCCAGCCCCGUGCGUCCAGCCCAGGUGACAUGCCGGUGCUCUCCACCCCCCGGCUCUCUCGGGUGACCACACUGAAGCGCACAGCUGUGGUCCUAGCCCUCACAGCCUAUGGAGCCCACAAAAUCUACCCCCUGCUGCGGCAGUGCCUGGCUCCGGCCAGGGCCCCUCAGUUGCCUGCAGGCGAGUCCACACAGGAGGUCUCCGGGGCCACAGUGGCCUCAGCAACCAAGGCUGGUGUGAACCGGGUGUUCUUGCAGCGACUCUUGUGGCUCUUGAGGCUGCUCUUCCCUAGGAUCCUGUGCCGGGAGACGGGGCUGCUGGUGCUGCACUCAGCGGCCCUUGUGAGCAGGACUUUCCUGUCAGUAUACGUGGCCCGCCUGGACGGACGGCUGGCCCGCUGCAUCGUGAGAAAGGACCCUCGGGCCUUCGGCUGGCAGCUCCUGCAAUGGCUCCUCAUCGCCCUCCCAGCCACCUUCAUCAACAGUGCCAUCCGCUUCCUAGAGGGCCAGUUGGCUUUGUCUUUCCGCAGCCGUCUAGUGGCCCACGCCUACAGCCUCUACUUCUCCCAGCAGACCUACUACCGAGUCAGUAACAUGGACGGGCGGCUUCGCAACCCUGACCAGUCCCUGACAGAGGAUGUGGUGGCCUUUGCUGCCUCUGUGGCCCAUCUCUACUCGAACCUGACCAAGCCGCUCCUGGAUGUGGCCGUGACUGCCUACACCUUGAUUCAAACGGCUCGCUCCCGUGGAGCUGGCACGGCCUGGCCCUCGGCCAUUGCUGGCCUCGUGGUGUUCCUCACAGCUAACGUGCUGCGAGCCUUCUCGCCCAAGUUUGGCGAACUGGUGGCAGAGGAGGCGCGGCGGAAGGGGGAGCUGCGCUACAUGCACUCUCGCGUGGUGGCCAACUCAGAGGAGAUCGCCUUCUAUGGGGGCCACGAGGUGGAGCUGGCCCUGCUACAACACUCCUACAAAGCCCUGGCUUCGCAGAUCAACCUCAUCCUGCUGGAGCGCCUGUGGUACGUCAUGCUGGAGCAGUUCCUCAUGAAGUACGUGUGGAGCGCCUCAGGCCUACUCAUGGUGGCCGUCCCCAUAAUCACGGCCACGGGCUACUCAGAGUCAGAUACGGAGGCUGUCAAGAAGGCGGCCUUAGACAUGAAGGAGGAGGAGCUGGUGAGCGAGCGCACAGAAGCCUUCACCAUUGCCCGAAACCUCCUCACUGCUGCUGCAGACGCCAUUGAGCGGGUCAUGUCGUCCUACAAGGAGGUGACAGAGCUGGCAGGCUACACAGCCCGGGUACAUGAGAUGUUCCAGGUAUUCGAAGAAGUCCAGCACUGUCGUUUCAAGAGGCCUGGGGAGCCGGAGGACGCUCAGGCGGGGUCCGGGGCUGUGGUCAGGUCCGGUGUUCGUGUGGAGGGGCCCCUGAAGAUCCAAGGCCAAGUGGUGGAUGUGGAACAGGGAAUUAUUUGUGACAACAUCCCUAUCAUCACGCCCACGGGAGAAGUGGUGGUGGCCAGCCUCAACAUCAGGGUGGAAGAGGGCAUGCACCUGCUCAUCACAGGCCCCAACGGCUGCGGCAAGAGUUCUCUGUUCCGGAUCCUUGGCGGGCUCUGGCCCACGUACGGCGGCGUGCUCUACAAGCCCCCACCCCAGCGCAUGUUCUACAUCCCUCAGAGGCCCUACAUGUCCGUCGGCUCCUUGCGCGACCAGGUGAUCUACCCAGACUCGGUGGAGGACAUGCGAAGGAAGGGCUAUUCGGAGCAACAUCUGGAAGCCAUCCUGGACAUCGUGCACCUGAACCACAUCUUGCAGCGGGAAGGAGGUUGGGAGGCCGUGUGCGACUGGAAGGACGUUCUGUCGGGGGGCGAGAAGCAGAGAAUCGGCAUGGCCCGCAUGUUCUACCACAAGCCCAAGUACGCCCUUCUGGAUGAAUGUACCAGCGCUGUGAGCAUCGACGUGGAAGGCAAGAUCUUCCAGGCGGCGAAAGAUGCAGGCAUCGCUCUGCUUUCCAUCACUCACCGCCCCUCCCUAUGGAAGUACCACACGCACUUGCUCCAGUUCGACGGGGAGGGCGGCUGGAAGUUCGAGAAGCUGGACUCGGCCACCCGCCUGAGCCUGACAGAGGAGAAGCAGCGGCUGGAGCAGCAGCUGGCAGGCAUCCCCAAGAUGCAGCGGCGUCUCCAGGAGCUCUGCCAGAUCCUGGGCCAAGGCCCCAAGGUCCUCCAGGGUGCCGACAUCUGACGGGGCCAUGGCUUCAGGCUCUCGGCCCCUGCCCCUCCCUGAGCCCUCGGAUCAUAUGAAGGAAACAGCAGCGCCUGUCCACCCACUGUCCCCCAGCCCUACCACGGGCCCACCCUGCAUGGCUCCCCGUCUUCCCAGGCCUUGCGGCCACCGGCCUGCCUUGCCUAGCGGACUGCCCGCGAAACCGCGUGCCCGACCCCCACAACCCUGCCCUGGGGCAAGUAGACAUGGAAGGUCCUACCCUGCUGCCCACUCCAACCCUGCCCCUUCCUUGCCCCACGAUACUGUGACCUGGGCAGGGUCGCCGAAUCCCUUCUUUUCUUUGGGGAGCGGGACAGGGGUAGGAGGUGAGCCCCAGCUCACAUCACUAGCCAGUCUGUGCUGAGCCUCGGCAUUUGUGGGGCGCUGCCCUCCUAAGACUGAAGUCCCCCUCAUUUCCUCCUUUUCAGUCCCUCGGAGACAGCACGGUCCAUCCCUCUGUUGCCACCACCCAGGUGGCUGCCAAGACUCCCGUCCCAUGGGACGUCCUUCCUGCCAUAGAAACGGCCAAACGGGACCCAUGGCCAGACAGGGCCCCUUGUCUUCCUCUUGUCCCUACCAGUCAUCCCGAAGAGCCCUCGGGAGAAAACAUUGCACAGCAUUUCUUAGCAAGUGAUGAUAAGAAUGUAGUCCCUACCUGUCUUGGCCCCUACAACCUAAUUUAUUGGAUUCCUGUUUGUAGCAUCCUCUAUUGCCGAUGUGAGCACCCUGCUAGCAGGGGAGGUGACCCGGGCUGCGGUCCUUCCACCUGUGUCCCAGCCUCUGAGCCAGCCCCGGCCGGCCUGUUGCCCCACCAGCCUACACUGCCAGCUGCCACCAGGGGGGCCCAGGCCAGCCGGAGGGGGAGAUGGAUGCUGGUGCUUCCCGGAGUGCAGACGCCAGUGUUCACAGCUCAGUGCCAAAGAGGGGUCAGGCUGGGGAAGCUGUGUCUGCAAAGCCAGCCUCUGCCCGAGAGGGAAACCCCGCCACCGCCGUGUGCCUUUCGGGGGAGCCCUCAGCUCUCGGGCCGGGGAGGCUCCCUCAGUCCUUCAGUAAAAACCUCUCAUGGAAAGUGC